CCCUUCCUACGCCGUGGAUUGCUCGUUUUCUGGAUAAAUGUCUUUGACAGUUGUUAUGUUGGUCAUUUGUUGCAUGCUCGUUUUCUGGGAUAUAUUGGUCGUCCGUUUCAUCUCCAAUUCGAGCCGUUUUGCUGCUUGCUCGUUUCUUCAACUGUGGAUCUGCAUGUGCAGAAUUUUUUUUGAUAUUUCGUAAUGUUUCUUAAAUUUUUUUCUGAUUUGGUGAGAGGACAUUUGCACCAAAAUCAUCAAGCAAACAAACUUUAGUUAUUUGUGAAUGUCCGUCACCGUGAAUAAUUACUUCCACAAGAAUCCUCUCUCUGUCUCUUCGUCAUCUUUUUCCUUCCUGCCUCUCUCUCUGGAAAUUUCCCUUCUUACAGGUUCGAUUCUUCAAAUCUUCGUCCGUCUCCGAGUUGCUCGUUCGAGUUUCAAUUCUUGGCGGCAUGUCUUGGAACCGAAAAACUAAGCUCGUCUUCAGCUCCCUUAGAAGCGGUGCACAUCCUCCUAGGAUUUUCCUGGAAUCUCUGUUCUCCAACGCUUUCUCGCCGAUUCAUCGACACGGGUCUUCGAUUUCAUCCGCUAAGUUUUCUGGGUUCUCUUCAAUUUCUUUGCUCAGAACAGGUUUAGGCAUUUGUUCUUGUAGCCCUUUCUUGACCGAUCCCAAGAGGUUUUACUACGUUGAUCGUUACCAGGUUCGUCACUUCAAGCCACGCGGCCCGAGACGGUGGUUCCGAAACCCUCGGACCGCAUCGACGGUGGCGAUCGUGUCUUCUGGGGUUUUGAUCACCGUUUAUUUUGCGAAUUUAGAGACUGUUCCUUGCACGAAUCGGAGACAUUUCGUCCUCUUGUCGAAAUCGUUGGAGAGACGGAUAGGGGAAGCUCAGUUUCAGCAGAUAAAAGCCGGGUUCAAGGGGGAAAUCCUCCCUGCGAUUCACCCUGAUAGCAUUAGGGUUAGGUUGAUUGCUGCUGAUAUAAUCGAUGCGUUGCAGAGAGGUUUCAGCCACGAGGGUAUGUGGAGUGACAUUGGGUAUGCAUCCAUGGAUGAUGAUGGUAGCUCUAUGGACAGUGAUAGGGCAGUGAAGGGCACUGUAAUGGCGGCGAGUAAAGAAGGGAAAAUUAUGGAUAACAGAUGGAUUCAGCAAUGGAGGAAGAAGGGUAAAGAGAAAGGGUCACAAGCUAAGAUUUCUCACCUUGAAGGGUUGAAUUGGGAAGUCCUUGUGGUUAACAAGCCGGUAGUCAAUGCAUUUUGCUUGCCUUCUGGGAAGAUUGUGCUGUUCACUGGAUUGCUCGAUCAUUUCGAGGCAGAUUCCGAGAUUGCCACUGUGAUCGGACACGAGGUUGGUCAUGUUGUUGCCAGACACAUAGCCGAGGAAAUUACCAAGAACUUAUGGUUUGUGAUCCUCCAGCUGGUUCUCUAUCAGUUGGUUAUACCCGAUAUUGCGAACACAAUGUCGGCUUUCUUCUUGAGGCUUCCUUUCUCCAGAAAGAUGGAGAUAGAAGCAGAUUACAUCGGGUUGCUCCUGCUGGCCUCAGCGGGCUACGACCCACGAGUAGCUCCCGGGGUGUAUGAGGAGCUCGGGAAUCUAGCAGGUGACCCGUCUCCACUAACUGAGUUCCUCUCGACCCACCCGUCGGGAAAGAGGAGGGCUCAGCUGUUGGCUGAGGCCAAUGUCAUGGAAGAAGCCCUCAUGAUUUACAGACAAGUUGGAUCAGGCCGUGCCAUUGAAGACUUUCUGUAGCUUCCUCACUCUCCCUCUUCUUCUUCAUUCUUUUGCUUCUUUCACUCUCCAUAUCUGUACAGAAAUUGCUCUCCGGGAUCUUGUUUCUUCACCAUAUUUGCUAAGAAGAGUGACAAGUGAGGAUUACAGA